GCGACGGCACAAAUCGCGCCCGGCGUUUGUGUGCUUUUCUCUUCCAUGACUCACACCCAUCGCCUCUUUUGUGGCUGUCGCGGUUUGUGAGAGUGCCAGUGUUAUCACUCACCAGACGACUACGACGGCAUUAUGGCCGUUCCCGGCCAUAUAUCGAUGAGAAUUCAGAAAAAUGUACUUCCAGCGCCAGUCCCUUGGCACCGGGCCGUUGGUCACUUGGCACGUCGUGACAUGUCAAUCGUGCAACCGCCGCCGCAAUUUAUGCAGUUCGCGCAAACGCAGGCUCCGCCCAUCUCUCUAGACGACGUCGAUCUACAAGGCGGACGACUUAUUGAUGUCGUUGAGGAGGAAGAGAUAGAUGCUACAGACGGAUGCCGCGUGCAAGUUAUUACUUACCGAAUAGAGUCCGAAGACGGUACCGAACAGCUUACGAAGACAAUUCGGAGAAAGAUAAAAUUCGACUGUAUGCAAACAUCCCGUCGUCUUGAGUUGUCAAAUGGUAAAGAGGCCAAAGUCGAGGAGAAAUGUGAGCGAUAUCAGGGCGACAUCAAAGGUUUCAAACCAGUCGAGGUGACUGAGAAUAACCGAUUGCUGCAUUUGGAUCCAAAUAAUGCACAGGAUGUCGCCAUAUCUAACGUACUCGGGCAAGUUCCGGAUACUUUUAUGAGUAUGUUAUCUAAGGAAAAAGACACACUGGUGAAGAUGUUUCCCGAUCUCUUUGCCCGAAUGCGUUCGCAAUCUUCCCUGAUACCGGCAUCGACGACGGAGGUGAUAACAAACCCUGAUGGCAGUACCACAACCAGAGUUCGAAGCAGUAAAAGCUAUAGUUCGCACUUCUCAAAACAUGAAACAUACAUAAAUGGAGUGAAGCAAAUGUCGAAAAGCUCCUUCAAAGCAUUCGUUGAGUAUAAGGGCCCUGAAGGAGGAUUUCGUGUCAAACUGGCGGACAACGCUGAUGAUCUUUCUGAGGAGGAGGACGAUGAUCGUACCAGCAGAUGUUAUUCUGAAAUUACCGAUAGCGAAAGCGAUAUACAGCCAUACGGUGCUGCACAGAAGCAGCAGGCUGAAGCGAAGAAAAGGCACGACAAGGCCUGGUUCGCCGCUAAAGAGUUGGUAGACAGUGAAAGGAGAUAUGUCGACAAAUUGCGAUUGUUAGAUGAGAUAUUCCGAGAAAAAGUGGUCAAAGAAGCUGGAAUUGACAGAGACAAACAACAUAAGCUUUUUGCCAACAUCUCCAGUCUAUACCAAUUCCAUAACACUCAUUUCUUACCCCAGCUGAUGGAGGCUAGUCGAGAUUGGCAUACAACAAAAAGGAUAGCAAAUGUUGUCCGAAAGCAAGCACCGUUCCUCAAAAUGUACUCUGAAUACACGAACAAUUACGACAGAGCCACGAAAAUUUUUGAGGAAUUAAAGAAAAAGAAGAAGUUUGCCGAUGUUGUACGCGAGAUCGAGAAGCUUCCUGAAUGCGAAGGCCUUCCCCUCAGUCAUCAUCUGAUUUGUCCCGUUCAAAGAGUCAUGCGAUAUCAGUUACUUCUUCAGGAGUAUAAAAAGCAACUAAACGAGUCUGAUGCUGAUUAUGAAGACACGGCUGCUGCUCUCGAAUUAGUUCUCCAAGCUGCUUCCCAUGCAAAUGAGAUGAUGAAGAAAUUGGAUGGAUUUGGCAAAGUCAUCGAAGUUCAAGAGCAGCUCGGAAACUCGAUAUCACUUGUUUCCCCGGGAAGAGAGCUUUUGAAGACAGGAACCCUUCAGAAAAUCUCGUCCACUACUGAAAAGACCGAGGAAAGAACGAUCUUUUUGUUCAACGACUUGGUUCUUCUCGCUUGUGAGAGGAAGAUGAUUGGUCUUUACAAGUACCGUCUACGAGCAGUGUUCCACGCCUGUCACACACAGAUUUGCGAGGGAGACAACCUUGAACGGGAGCAUUCCUUUUACAUAAGAGGAUCAGAUGGAAAUGGACCUUCGCGAUGUGUGGAAUUGUAUACUGAUACCCAAAAAGAAAAAAAUGACUGGGUUGAGAGUAUAUGCUCUGUCAUAGAGGACUGUCGAGCCAAUUCGGCUACAUUUGCUGGAAAAGUCAGGACCGCUUUGAGCGAGACAAAUAACAAUCACAGUGAAAGCCGCAACUGUGCCGAUUGCGAUACAGAGUUUAGCCUCUUCUACCGUGGAAUCAAAUGUGGGAAGUGCAAGCGAAAGCUGUGCAAGAAAUGCUUUGGACGGUAUCGGUCGGAAAGCAAACACAAUCGAGUGUGCGAGUCCUGCGUAAAGAAUAUGGGAAUCGACUCCAUUCGACGUUCAGCAUCCAAUCAGUCGAACGUUCGACAAAAUGUACUAGCUGUCCCUGCCAAAGGAAAGGGCGUCUUGCACGCUAGUAAAGUCAAGUUCCGCGGAUCGCUGGGAAAAACAUUUGAGCGAUACUUCGUUGUUCGCAACGAUUUCUGCUUAUACUCAUAUAAUUCAAGCGAUGAUGAUUGUGCACUGGCAAUGUUGCCGUUGCCUGGUUGUGAAGUGAAGCUUUGUGGUGAACGAUUUACGUUCUCGCUUCGCGUUGGAUCUCGUAGGAUGUACACGGUGACCGUGGACGACGAGCAGAAUCAGCUGAGAUGGAUGGCCGUGCUGGAUCUCGCUGCUAAUGCACAACUUCAGCAAAGCCCCGAAUAGUCAAAUCCAAACUUAAAUUAUCGUUUAUGAAUUCUCCUUUGCUAAAAGUUCCAGUGGUCAAGCCAUUUGUUGGGAUGUGCGUCGCAUUUGGCUACAUGUUCUUUCUGAGCUGCACCACAUCUUGUUCCUCUAAGUCUACCUUCUAAGCCAUGAAACACUUGAAUACGACGGUUACUGGCGAUUGAGAAGCUUGAGCUCAAUGCAUAGUUGCGACUCAUGUAUAGUGUUAUAAUCAGUGUGCAAUGAUCCCCUCUGCUCCGUUUCUAGUCAUCCCCAUCUCUAUGUUUAUCCCAAAUGUGUCGUUCGUGUUGAGCACAUUCAAAUGCAAAGCAGUCAGAAUCUCUUCAUCUCACUUAUUGGCACCGCUAGGCCUUCGAUUUCUUUAUUGAAAUUAUAUUCCAUCGCCUCCUCAUCCGUCUCGCUCGAAGCUGUACAAAUCAUCAUGGUGUAUAUAAUAUCGUCAGUAUAGAUUAUUUACACUGAUAUAAAGGGUCGACAUGUUU